GGUUAUAAUAAACGAGGUACUUUCAGGAGACUUGGCAGACGAACGUGUCUGUAGAGAGCUCUGUUCUGAUUUUGCAUUUCAUUAUGGCACCCAAGUCCCUGGACCUCAAAAUUGAGAAGAAAUCGAAAAUAGGCAAAUGGUGGAGAAAAUUGUUCUGGAGACAUAAGAGGCUCCCAAAGGAACAAGAGGAGAAGUUUACAGCACAUGUUGACGGUUUAAUUACAACCAACAACCAAAUAGUCACUUCCAAAACAGAGGCCUCUGAAAAUUCAAAACAUUCUGUGACUAACUCAGCAAAAGUUACGUUUGAGGAUCCAUGUGAACCCAUGUUCAAACCGAAAAGACAGUUUACAGACGAGUUUUUCAAAGAGCAAGAUGCAGAUCUACCAGAGAGGCCUGUUAAGACUGAGGACUCAGAUCUACCCUCAGUCCUCUGCAAAGGAAAGGUGUCUGAAAAUUUAAAAGACUUUGUGUCUACCUCAGCAGAAGAAACGUAUGAGGAUCCACAUCAACUCACUUUUAAACACAAAAGACAGUUGACACACGAGACUUUCAAAGGCCAAGAUGCAGAUCUACCAGAGGAGCGUGUUAAGACUGAUGACGCAGAUUUACCCUCAGCCCUCUGCAAAGGAAAGGUGGCCGAAAAUUUAAAAAAAUUUAUGUCUAUCUUAGCAAAAGACACGGAGGAUCCAUAUCAAUUCACCUUCAAGAAGAAAGGACAGUUGGUAGAAGAUUGUUUGAAAAGGCGAAACCCAGAUCUAACAGAGGAGUUGACUAAUGACUCAGAUAUACCCUCAGCCCUCUGCAAAGGAAAGGUGUCUGAAAAUUUAAAAAACUUUACGUGUAUCUCAGCAGAAGACACGCUUGAGGAAUGCAAGUAAAUCACUUUCACAUAGAAGCGACAGUUGUUACAGGGUUGUUUUAUAUAAUAUGUCGCUGCUCCUGAGGAGAUAGGACAAGCAUGUGGGACGUCUGACUACCGUAACUCUGAGACAUCAGGGCAGUCAAUGACGGAGGAAUACCAGGACAAGCGUUGCGACGAGACUGGGGGUAACCGACUACGUCUGGAAGACAGACUGAUGUUCAGCACAAGCGUUAAA